AUGACCAGAAAGGCAGUAAAGGGAAGUAUUAUAGCAUAUCUCUUAGCAAAAAAUCCAAUUGAGGAAUAUGAAGCUUUGGAUUUUGAAUUCCCGGAUGAGUAUGUAAAUACAGUGGAGGAAGAAAUGGGAGAGCAGAGUGAUGUCUGGCAAAUGUAUUUUGAUGGAGCAGUCAAUUUAUCAGGUAGUGGAAUUGGAUCAGGCUUGGUAUCUCCAGAUGGAAAACAUUUCCCAAUUGCAGUAAAGUUAAAAUUUGAAUGUAUAAACAAUGUCGCUGAAUAUGAAGUUUGUGUGAGUGGUUUACAAGCAGCCAUUGAAAUGAAAAUCAAGAAGUUAGAAGUAUAUGGUGACUCAACUUUAAUAAUUUUUCAAGUGAAAGGGGAAUGGCAGACUCGAGAUCCAAAGUUGAUUCCAUACCAGAAAUAUCUCAUUGAAUUAAUUAAGAAAUUUGAUGAGAUUACUUUUACUCAUUUAAGUCGUGACAAGAAUCAGAUCAUCGAUGCUCUAGCAACACUAGCUGUCAUGGCACAAAUUAAAGAAGGUAAAGAAGUACAGAUUCUUCUUAUAAAGGCCACAGAUAACCCUGCUUAUUGCUUGAUGGUCGAAGAAGAAGCGGAUGAGAAGCCCUAG